AUGGACGCGAACAAGGCGGGCGCCUGGCUGAUGCAAACGGAGGACGACGCGAUCGUUGACGAAGCGAUGCGAAUGGUCACCGAACGGUGGCAGGCGCAAGCAACCUACGUCAGGGUGCCUGGCGUGCUUUCGGGACAAGGUGGCGCCACUCGUGGGGUCAGAUCCAGAUGGGUUUUCCGCAUCGGCAAAGUUCCUCCUGCUCUUGCAGCACGCGUGGAAACCAAGCUGGACCUGAGCCAGCGUGGUCUCAAAGACAAGGCGGGCGACAACGCCAUUGUCAUUCGAACGCGAGCAAGCUGGCCUGUCUGUGAAGAAGAAUGGCACAACAUCGUAAAAUCUCCGGGCACUUGUGCGAGACGAUGGGCAUCAUCGGUUGGUGAUGGCGUCGCGCCGUUUGACUUACACGACACUUGGGGCUGGGAAGUCUGGGGACGCAAACAAGACGAAGUUCGCGGGCUGAUGCGGGACAGAACGUUGGUGGAGUCACCUUCUCUCCAGAAGCUCUGUCAGCUGUUGGUCGCAUCACUCAAAGCCCUUUCUAUUGGCUCCAAUGGCAUGACCAGGAGACAGGGGUGGAAGUGCCAGUUCUGUAACAAAGGCGUCGCCAAAAGCCAAUGGGAUCCUGCCUCGGGCACUGCACGUCGCCGGGCCAAGCUGGAGCACCGUGGAAGCGACCACAAGCACAUUCCACGCGCCACUUGGAUUAAGAGACAGCGGCCGGUGAAUGGUGACCCGCUCAGACGGGCCAAGCGGAGAGCCCUGAAUCUCAACCAAUCCCUGGCCAAGGAUGCCACUGCGUCGCCCACGAUGGACCAUUUGGAGCUGAGAAAGAAGCUCAAGGGCACUGGAUUGUGCACGCACCUGCCUGCUGGCGAUAGCUUCGUUCGAGAGAAAGCGGUGGAAGUUCACCAGGCGCAGAAGGCGUGGUCGGAUGCCAUCGUGGGCAUCUCAAAGGUGUACCUUGACAAGGGCGACUAUGUCACCGCCGCCGCCAAAGCUGCCGGUGAGCUUUACGGUUACGGGCACUGUGAUGUUCUCUUCAAGCCGACGAAGGCAAAGGAUGUCCAGUUCCGGCCGAUGGCAUCCCAGGCCAUGUCCUACUUCGUCGGCUGCAAUGCUGUGAACAAUGGAAUUGCGGAGGAUGGUGGCUUUGCCAUCAACGGUGGCCAGGGCUGGUCAAGCGUUGUUUUUGACAACCACCAGAUUGAUUUGAGUGGAACAGUUGCCAUCGCCAUGGGGAAUUAUUACUUCACUAGCGCAGCAGAUGGAAGCAAGACCAAAGUGGAGUACACGUUUGGUUACAAGAAGAAUUCCGAUGGAAAGGUGCGCAUCUUCCUCCACCACUCGUCCGUGCCUUUCAGCCCCGAACCAGCUUCAGCAGUCUCAAAAGGAGGCUCUGGGGCGGUUUCCGAGGAGGAGGUGAGAGCCGCGCAAGCCGCCUGGGCCAAUGCCAUCAAAACGAUCUCCAAGACCUACUUGGAUGGAGGUGACUAUGUGGCAGUUGCGGGCAAGGCAGCAGGCGAGCUGUACGGCUACGGUCACACCAAGGUGCUCUUCAAGCCAACGAAGGCGAAGGAUUUCCAGUUCCGACCCAUGGCAUCCCAGGCCAUGUCCUACUUUGUGGGCUGCAAGGCUGUUGAGGAUGGAAUUCCAGAAGAUGGUGGCUUUGCCAUCAACGGCGGCAAGGGCUGGUCAGAUGUUGUAUUCGACAACCACCAGAUCGAGUUGAGUGCAGAUACAGCGACGGCAAUGGGGAACUACUAUUUCACGAGUGCAGCAGAUGGAAGCAAGGUCACGGUGGAGUACACAUUUGGCUACAAGAAGAACGCCGAUGGGAAGGUGCGCAUCUUCCUCCACCACUCGUCCGUGCCAUUCAGCCCGCCGGGAACCAUCAAAGCUGCAGCAAUUUCCGAGCAGGAGGUGAGAGCCGCGCAAGCCGCCUGGGCCAAUGCCAUCAAAACGAUCUCCAAGACCUACUUGGAUGGAGGUGACUAUGUGGCAGCUGCGGGCAAGGCAGCAGGCGAGCUGUACGGGUACGGGCACACGAAGGUGCUCUUCAAGCCAACGAAGGCAAAGGAUGUCCAGUUCCGACCCAUGGCGUCCCAGGCCAUGUCCUACUUUGUGGGCUGCAAGGCCGUUGCCGAGGGAAUUCCAGAAGAUGGUGGCUUCGCCAUCAACGGCGGCAAAGGCUGGUCAGACGUUGUAUUCGACAACAACGACAUCGACGUGGAUGGCAACUCAGCCAUUGCAAUGGGGAACUAUUAUUUCACUAGUGCAGCAGAUGGAAGCAAGACCAAGGUGGAGUACACGUUUGGUUACAAGAAGAACUCAGAUGGAAAUGUGCGAAUCUUCCUCCACCACUCGUCGGUGCCAUUCAGCCCUGGCCCAGCCGCCCCAGCCGCAGCUGCACAAGUCGGGGCCGUUUCCGAGGAGGAGGUGAGAGCUGCGCAGGCCGCUUGGGCCAACGCCAUUAAGACGAUCUCCAAGACCUACUUGAGUGGAGGGGAUUAUGUGGCAGCUGCGGGGAAGGCAGCAGGUGAGCUGUAUGGUUAUGGCCACACAAAGGUGCUCUUCAAGCCCACGAAGGCCAAGGAUGUCCAGUUCCGGCCCAUGGCAUCCCAGGCCAUGUCCUACUUCGUGGGCUGCAAGGCUGUCGAGGAUGGAAUUCCCGAAGAUGGCGGCUUCGCCAUCAACGGCGGCAAGGGUUGGUCGGAUGUUGUUUUCGACAACCACCAGAUUGUCGCGGAGGGGAGCACUGCCACCGCCAUGGGGAACUACGUCUUCACCAGUGCGGCAGAUGGAAGCAAGACCACUGUGGAGUACACUUUUGGCUACAAGAAGAACGCCGAUGGGAAGGUUCGCAUCUUCCUCCACCACUCGUCGGUGCCAUUCAGCCCUCCGCCCGCUGGCGCUGUCUCCAAGGAGGAUGUGCUGAGUGUUCAGGCAGCUUGGGCCAAUGCCAUCAAGACCAUCUCUAAGACCUACCUUGACAAGGGCGACUUUGUGGCGGUUGCUACCAAAGCAGCUGGCGAGCUGUAUGGCUAUGGUCACUCGAAGGUCCUGUUCAAGCCCACCAAGGCGGCAGAAGCACAGUUCCGUCCAACUGCCGAGGAUGCGAUGUCUUAUUUCGUCGGAAGGAAGUCAGUUGAGAAAGGUCAUUCUGAGGACGCUGGCUUCGCCAUCAACGGCGGCAAGGGCUGGUCAGAUGUCGUGUUCGACAACCACGAGAUCGAUGUGGAAGGCAACAUUGCCCUCGCGAUGGGGAAUUACUAUUUCACUAGCGCAGCAGAUGGAAGCAAGACCAAGGUGGAGUACACUUUUGGCUACAAAAGGAACCCCGACGGCAAGGUGCGCAUCUGCCUCCAUCACUCGUCGGUUCCUUUCAAGGCCUAG